AUGUCUUAUUCUCUGGACACUUGCCCCUACAAGAAGGAAAUCUACGACACCUCCAAUGGCAACUAUUGGGGUCUCGACCCCGAAGACCACUGUCAAGCCCUCGAAGAUCUGGGGGAGCUGAUGAACAUCAGCUACUGGGCGGGCGUCAUGCUGCGCGUGUUGGACAAGGCGGAUAAUGAGUUCACCAACAAGCAAGAACUCAACCGAGUGGCAUGGCUCGAGUUGGGUCAGCGCCGCCAGUACGUGACGAGGAUACGCAAAGCCGUCGAUUCCCGCGUGGAUGAGCUUUGCUCCGACAAUAUUAAGACCGCAAAAGGAUCUUGAGUAU